CAGCAGGCACAGAUGAUGCUGCAGAUGCAACAGCAGCAGCAGAUGAUGCAGCAGCAUCAGGCACAGAUGAGCUGGCUGAUGAGCCAGACGGCUCUGUCUACUCCACCGGGGAGUAUUCCUGCUCCUCCACCUUACUCCAUGCCGUGGAUGCCGCCACCGCCCACUCAGACCCCGGGGACACCUCUCACCGUGAACAACAUGAACAUCAUCCGGAGCAUGAACCGCGAUUAUAUGUCACAAGGCAAUGACGAUGAGGCCGGCGGAAGCGGAGGAGGACAAUAAGGUUGAUGGCAUGGUCUUGAUGGAUUUGUGGACAUUGCACUUGUUAUGGAUUGUACUUGUACUUGAUGUGUGUUGAUGUAUUUGUGGACAUUGCACUUGUUAUGCAUAAACUAUGUGUGUUGAUGUAUUUGUGGUGUUGUU